GGGCCCGGGGCCGGGCGGGACUGGGAGGGCGCGGGCAGUCUGCUCCGGGGUCCUCCUCCGCGUUUGCGGUCCUGUAGUCCGGGACUCGCUGGGAGGAUCGGAAAGUUUGUAGAGGGUGAGAGACUUGGAAGGCGACAGACUCUUGAGCCUUAGGGGAGAGGAGAUCCGAGGCAGGAUGAGGGAGCUGCAGGGGGAGAAAGAGGGAGCGAUCCCCAGUGCCGGACACGAAGCCGGGGAGACAGAAGGAAAGAACUAGAAAUUCCAAGGCAGAGAGGAGGGCAAGUCGUGGGUAGAAAAAGCGCUGAGGCGGAGACGGAAGCCUCGGCCGCCGAGACGCAGGCACCCGCAGAGAACGCUUCGGAUCCGUCACGGUUUUGCCUCAUUUGGAAGAUAUUACUUCGCCCCUGAAAAAAAAAAUAAAUACAAAAAAGGCGGAUGCCGCCAUGCAGCACUAUGGGGUGAAUGGCUACUCCCUACAUGCUAUGAACUCACUCAGCGCCAUGUACAACCUGCAUCAGCAGGCAGCCCAGCAGGCCCAGCAUGCCCCUGACUACCGGCCAUCAGUGCAUGCGCUUACAUUGGCUGAGCGCCUAGCUGACAUCAUCUUGGAGGCCCGCUAUGGCUCCCAGCACCGUAAACAGCGUAGGAGUCGCACGGCGUUCACAGCCCAGCAGCUUGAGGCCCUGGAAAAGACUUUCCAGAAGACCCAUUACCCAGACGUGGUGAUGCGCGAGAGGCUGGCCAUGUGUACCAAUCUGCCUGAGGCCCGUGUGCAGGUGUGGUUUAAGAACCGCAGGGCCAAGUUCCGAAAGAAGCAGCGCAGCCUGCAGAAAGAACAGCUCCAGAAGCAGAAGGAGUCCGAGGGUUCCCAUGGAGAAGGCAAGAUGGAGGUCCCAGCCUCAGACCCACAGCUGGAAGCAGAACAGCCUCCCAGUCUGCCCAAUGGUGAUCCUCCUGCUGAACUUCAACUGAGCCUGUCGGAGCAGUCAGCCAGCGAGUCUGCCCCAGAAGAUCAGCUGGACCGUGAAGAUGACUCCCGGGCCGAGGAGCCCAAAACUGAAAAGAGCCCUGGAUCUGAGAGCAAGGUGCUGGGCUGCAAGAGGGGCAGCCCUAAGGCAGAUUCUCCAGGCAGCCUGGCCAUAACGCCUGCAGCCCCAGGGGGCAGCCUCCUCGGUCCUUCCCACUCCUACUCCUCGUCCCCACUCAGCCUCUUCCGUCUCCAGGAGCAGUUCCGCCAGCACAUGGCCGCUACCAACAACCUGGUCCACUACUCGUCUUUUGAAGUGGGAGGUCCCGCUCCUGCAGCGGCUGCAGCUGCAGCUGCUGCGGUGCCCUACCUAGGGGUCAACAUGGCCCCACUGAGCUCCCUACACUGCCAGUCCUAUUACCAAUCCCUGUCAGCAGCAGCUGCUGCCCACCAGGGUGUGUGGGGGUCCCCAUUGCUGCCAGCGCCCCCCACAGGCCUGGCACCCGCCUCAGCUGCCCUGAACAGUAAAACCACGAGCAUUGAAAACCUUCGCCUCCGGGCCAAGCAGCACGCUGCCUCCCUGGGACUUGAUACACUCCCCAAUUGACUGUCUGGCUUCCAACCCAACCCUGGUCUUGGGUGUACCCAUCUCGGUCCCAUGGUUAAUCCCAGAAGGCUCUCCAAAAAUCUCUCAGAACUAACUUUGAGAGCCCAGGGAUGCUUGGGCCUGGAGUCCUUUCACCCUGUCUCCUUUCUUCAGAGUCCCAACCCCAAGUGAAACCCAUACACCCUCUGCAUGGCCCUGCUUGGACCCCCAUGGAGGUCAAAUGGGGAGGAGGUGAGCAACUGGCUAUACCCCCUCCUCAGUGUUGCCUCCUCCCUCCUGGUCCCCCACUAGUAAGUUGAUGUGUGGAAUGUGAGAUAUAAAUAUAAAUAUAUAAAACUAUAUUUUCAGGCACUGCCUGCCCCAGGCCCCCUUUCCCUGUUCUCCUCACAUCACUAGCUACUGCUACCCUUACCCCUGAGAUUCACUGGAGCAGUUGUUUUCUCUCUCCCCCCCUUCUCUCUCUCUCUCUCUCUCUCUCUCUCUCUCUCU